AUGUGGAGUCCUUUUCCACUCGUCCGGGUGUUGAACCGAUGGACCAGAAUCUUCAUUUGGCGUGGCUUCAUCGUCACACUGCCACUGACUCUUUUCUACCUUGUGCUUGGCGGCAUUGUAGGCCUGCUUCUGGCCGACUACGAGACCCGGCUCUACUUUGCCUCUCUGAGACAUGUCCAAGAGAACUUCGAGUCCGCACAGCAGCUGGACUGGUUCUCCGUGCCAGGGGCGCCGGGAAUUCACGACCUUGGAGUCGCGCCAUUCUGGAUCCCCCAGCUCCGUGAUCCUACCAACUGGUGGACGAAGCUCGGCCUGGAACGCUUCGACGUUUCCCCCGUCUUGGGUGGCAACGACACGCCAUUGAACCAGUUCGCCUUGCCGAACUCGCUCUACCGGAGAACAGACGGAGAGGACGAGGGCGCAUGCUGGCACCACUGGAUCUACGCAUCAGGCCAGAGCCUACACUUCGAUGAGCUGUUUUGGGACCCCUGGGACAGCGCGUUCAACCAGCUCCUGCAAUACCACUACGCCAACCCGGCGCCCUGCAACGCGAGCUUCCACUACCUCACGUCUCCCGGCUCGUUCCUCUGCGACAUCUGGAAGACAAGAGGCCCUGCCCUCAUUCACUUCACGACGGAGAAGGUGGACCUCUGGCCGGAUAAUCAAAAGAAGAGAGAGGCCGUUGCAGGCUAUACCCCCGUCACAGCGCGCGUAAUUGAGUUUCCUAUCAUCUACGACGACGAAAUGACCUUGGCACCUGGUGUUUUCCCUACCCCUUUCAAUCAGAUGAAGAGCAUAACGAGCGACCCGUACAUCUGGCAAGCACACGUUCCUUGGUCGGCUGAGUUUCAGGCGAACGUGCGACUCGACGAGAUCAUUCAACAAAAGAGCAGACAGUAUCCGAGGACAUUUGGAAGAGUCAAAAAGCUAGAUAGCUGGUUGCUACAUAAUGUAUUCCGACACUGGAGCCUGGAAAUCCCACGUUCGAUCGUUAUGUCGGUUGGGAUGUUGACAAGCGCGUUCACCUGGAGAGGCAUCGAAGUAUUAGGUGACUUGAUCACUGCGUUCUUGGGCACAGAGGACGCCAAGAAGAGAGAUCUUGACGCUUUGCUGGAGGAGGUGCGUUUGCUAGAGGAGGAGCGGGAGGCAAUGGGGGAGCGGAAGGUAAUGGGGGAGAGGGAGCCGAAUUUCAUCGCCCAAAUGGUGCGGGACUUUUUCGACACAGAAAAAGGCAGCCUCUAUGAGAAGAAGUUUGGGUAUUCUCCUGAGGGGCAGCAAGCGUUGAAUAAUGUUUUGGACAUUGUGAGAAACGAGGCGAAGGAAAGGGGCGAAGGAUGGGCUGCCGAUGGUGAGAAUAUUAGGGCACAAGCGAUGUAG